AUGUCCUCCACAACACCAACCACCCAAACCGACCAAAUACCACCCCACCUCGACCCCCAAACCUACCCCCGCACAACCACAAACCCCACCCUGAACACCCACAUCACGCUAACCUACCACCCCCUCGAUCCCACAAGCGCACUAACCAAGAUCUCCUCCCCCAACGCCGGCGCAAACGUCCUCUUCCUCGGUACGACACGCAACUCCUUCGAAGACCGCCCCGUCGCGCAACUAAGCUACACCGCAUACCCGCCUCUCGCGCUGAAGACGUUAUCGAAGAUCGCGGAGGACGCGGUGACGAAACAUGAGCUGCUUGGUGUUGUGAUUGGGCAUCGGCUCGGAGACGUGCCGAUUGGAGAGAGUAGCAUUGUGAUUGCGGUUAGUGCGGGACAUCGCGGCGCGGCGUGGAGGGCUGGUGAGGAGGUGUUGGAGCUGUGUAAGGAGAAAGCAGAGAUCUGGAAGAAAGAGGUGUUUGUGGAUGGGCAGGGGGAGUGGAGGGCAAAUAGGGAUCGGGAUGCGGAGGGGAAGUUAGUGCAGGGGUGA